UGGCGGAAAGUAGAAUGAAUCUGGCUGCUCUGCAGCAAAGAGAUCCAUAUAUCACUGACAUUGUUGAAACUGCUUCACAAGUAGCCUUAUAUUCUUUUAGCUCCAAGGUUAACGAAUGGGAAAAAACAUCCAUAGAAGGAUCUUUGUUUGUCUACAAGAGAUCGGCCAGCCCGUUGUUUGGCUUCAUGAUCCUCAACCGACUCGGUCUGAACAAUCUGAUUGAGCCCAUCACCAGGGACCUCGAGUUCCAGGUGCAGGACCCCUUUCUGCUCUACAGGAAUGCCAAGAACAUUUUUGGUAUUUGGUUUUAUGAAAAGGAUGAAUGUGCAUGCAUCGGCAAGCGUAUGAACAGCUUGCUAGAUGAGAUCACGUUGUCGAAGAACACGUUGUCAAAGAAGUUGUCUCCGCAGCACAUGGAAGCAGCGGAGCCGAAGCCAACGAAUCUGUUCGGAGGCGGCAUGGGACAGGUGGACAUCAUGAAGAUGCUCACCAAGGCUCAGAGUGAAUACGACAAGUCAAAGAGUGGUCCCAUGGUUACCAGCAAGUCGGAAGCUCCUCGACCAAUGACCGAUCACCUGAACACGGAAACAAAGAUUGGUGGAUCCAGUCUCGUGCGGCCCACUCCCGUCAAAUAUAUCUCAAACUCUCCAGUGUUCACAAUUGACACAUCCCAACCUCCACCUCCCCUAAACCUGUCCCUGAAAUCAGACACAUCCCAGCCUCCGCCUCCCCUGAACCUUCCCCUGAAGUCAGCAGAACCAACACAACCACCGAUGACUCUAGAGGCGCUAUUCCGGAAGGCUAGUCAGAACCAACAACACCAGGGGGCAGUGGGGGACGUGAGUGCGUCCGAACUUCCAGACGUCACCAAGCCGUCCGUCCUACAGAGGUCCGUGUCUCUGAUGGAGUCGGAAUCGAAGACCCGUGAAGCGCUUCACCCGAUGUUACAGCAGCUGAUCAGCACCGGGCCGACGGUUGCCGAGAUCGAGCGCCAGCUCACCGACCACUCAGAGAGAACCAAGUCAGUGUCUGACGUCAGACACUCCCCGACAGGCCAGGAGAACCUCAUCAAGUUCACGCCCCCGUCCCAGCCCCUGCACCACGUGGCCAGCGUGCCCAUGAGUCUGGGGGGUGGGGGAGGGGGUGUGGGGGGCGAAGGACUGGAGUCGGUCGGGUCGGCCAUGUUGGCUGGCCUGGCCAAGAUAUCGGUCAGUUCAAAGCCGGAGUUGUUGAAGCCGGAAGAUAUCAAGGGGGUCACGUUGUCACAGAGCGCAACCAAUCUGCCAUCCAGAUCACUGCUGGGAGAUAAGCUGCAGAUUGGUUCUGGCACCACAUCUAAACUGUUGGGAGAGAAAGCCAAGUCACUGGAGGACCCGACCUUCGCUAGUCCCAGGCCGUCAAAAUCAUGUCCUGAUGUCCUUCUGUCCCCAAUGACCUUCACCAAGAAGCUCAGUCCCACACACACUGACCGCACUCACAGCGAGAGUUCCGACACGGACGUCAUUGCCUCACAGCUCUCCCCCCUGACAAAGGAGCAACUCCAGCAAGCCAUGAUGUACCUCAUCAAGAAUGACACCAACUUUCUGAACUCUAUUCAUGAAGCGUACCUGAAGAGCUUCCAUGCUGCUACAUCGUUCAAGUCCUAGCGAUGUUCGCUUUGUUUUCUCCACGUCUUCAGUGCAUCUUCUGAAGAAUGCUGCAGGAGUUGCUUCCCCUGUGCACCCGACACGUGUACAAGCAGGAGUUGCUUCCCUUUGAUAACAGCAUUAUUUGAGUGAGGAUCUCGGCACUUGCUUAUGUUCAUGUGACUUAGGUAGCACUUGAAACCUAGAGGGCCGAAUUUUACAGUCUUUAUUUUAGAUGCAUUUAAGUUAACAAAAUAGGACGUGUGUGUAUUUCACCCACCUAUAACAAUAGAAAUUUUGCAUAAUCCAUUCAUAGUUGCGCAAAAAAAACUCAGCUUGCUGAGUCCAUUUUGCUAAACUGGUUACAACCAUGUAUAUGAUGUGUGAUGGGAAAAACGGAUUAUGCAAAACUUGACAUUUGCGAUCGCCAAGCGAAUGAAACUAUCACUAUUGCCUGGGUUAAACACGCCUGAAUUCGGCCCCGAGUUAAACUGCUCACAGACUGUAGAAGAUUGUCAUAUUGUCAUAUUGUUCUUGAAACGUUUAUGUGAACAUUAGAUGAUUGCUUACAAACACAAAAUGUGUGACGUAUUCUUUUUGUUUCUAUGUAUAAUUUGCUUCACUCCCAUGAAUCAUAAAUGGAUUGCAGAAUAGUAUUCCAUAUCA